AUGAAUGGGGGCACUGGCAGUGCCACCAGGAUUUACCUUUACUGUUUGUACUGGCUUUUUGGAACCUAUUCUCUUUGGAUGUAUACCUUGCUCAGCCUAGAUAUAGUCGGGAGGAUCUUGGACCUUCCCCAAAUGGACUCUCAGCUCCACACACCCAUGUACUUUUUUCUUAGCAACCUCUCUUUCUGUGACCUCUGCUAUUCCACAGCAAUUGGACCCAAGAUGCUGGUGGAUCUCUUAGUGAAGGAGAAAACAAUUUCCAUUGUUGGUUGUGCUCUGCAGUUCUUAACAUUCUGUGUCUUUGCAGAUUCUGAGUGUCUUCUGCUAGCAGUGAUGGCCUUUGAUAGGUACCAGGCCAUCAGCAACCCCUUGCUCUAUACAAUGAACAUGUCCAGCAUGGUGUGUUCCAUGCUCAUGGCUGGGGUUUACCUGGUAGCAACAACAGAUGGUUUAAUACAUACAACCUUGGCAUUCCGCUUAUGUUUUUGUGGGUCUAAUGAGAUCAAUCACUUCUUUUGUGAUUUGCCUCCACUUUACCUCCUCUCUUGCUCAGAUAUACAAGUCAAUGAACUGGCUUUAUUUACUGUUUUUGGCUUCAUUGAACUGAGCACCAUCUCAGGAGUUCUGGUAUCUUAUUGUUACAUCAUUUUAUCGGUCUUGAAGAUCCGUUCUGCUGAGGGGAGAUUCAAAGCUUUCUCCACCUGCACCUCCCAUCUGACCACAGUGGCCAUUUUCCAGGGAACUAUGCUUUUCAUGUAUUUUCGCCCCAGUUCUUCUUACUCUCUGGAUCAAGAUAAAAUGACCUCAUUGUUCUACACUCUUGUGAUUCCCAUGUUGAACCCUUUGAUUUACAGUCUCAGGAACACGGAUGUGAAAGAGGCUCUACAAAAACUGAAAAUGAAAACGUGGUCCUAA